AUGAUACCAACGUUGGUGAGGAGGCUGGCGCAGCCGGUCAAGGAGGCUGCCAUCAAGUCAGCGCAGGCCAGCAACUUUCACCAGACCAAAAAGGUCUGGCCGCCGAACUUCAAGGAGCUCAGUCACCAGCAGCAGCUGCGCUUCGAGAAAAAGUAUAAACGCCGCGUGUCACUGGCCAACCGCGCGCCGCGAUGGGAAAAGGGUGUCAAGUAUGCUCAGCUGGCAACCAUUACGGCUGCGUUGAUAUGGCUUCUAUUCUACUCAGAGUUUGAGUGGUGGGGCAAGAAGUACAAACCAUCUGAAGAGAUUCGUCGGCGCGCGCAAUACCUCUUUGGCGUCAUGGAUCCCGACAAGCGUUACGAGCGUCGCAAAGACAUGGUUGAGCCAGCCAGCGUCAGCAGCGAUAACAAGGAGUCACCUUCAAAGUGA